UGCCAGACGCUCUUCUUACUUUAAUACCUCGUGUACUACGUCAUGACAGUUCCUCGAUUUUUCUACGAAAUAAGCUAAAGUUUUAAACAGUCAUGUUCAUCGUUGGUUCCAAAGAAAAUUCCAUUAGUGUGGAAAUUAUGUAUGUGACUUAUUCUUUGUAUACUGGGGAACCAAGUACCUUGAUUGUCAACGGUUGGGGCUCAACGUAUGACUACCGCUCCGAAUGUUGGCUUGAAGAAAGCUACGAGACAUAUAACCCGUUGGCAGAUAAAUUUCAAUUGAGUGCUAUUCAAGUYAAUGACACUGUAUAUUUGAGGAGAAAUACUGAUGGUGGGUUUCCUGGUUUCCCAAGUGCGGAUAAUACAGCUCGCAUUCUUCACGGCCCCGAGGAAAUCAAUGGCUACGACRGAAACAACUUCUUUCUUGGUGUGGUGACAAAUCUCCACAACCGAAUUGGCGUAACUUACAGCUGGUACCGCAACAAUCACAUUUACUUAACGGCACCGAACCAAUGUUUAUUAAAGAUUACCGAGCCUGGUAAUUACUUAUGUCAAGUAACACACGAAAUUACAGAACUCCAGUCAGCGACAGUCAAUGUUCUUCGUAGAACGAGUACAUUCAAGGAACCAACAAAAGAUACUGUCUAUCCUCCAUCGGUCUCAUUGAAAUGCUUCCUUAAAGAUAGGAAACUAGUCUAAUUUCUAAAUCAAACUAAAACUCAUAUGGGUCUUGUGUUUCAUUGAAAGCAUUUUCAUGCAAAUAUAAUCACCAUUCACUUAUAAUUUUCAUGAGCAUUAAUUUAUAUUAUUUUUUAAAAUACAAAUUCAAAUCAAAAUUCAUCAAAAUUAAUGAUUCAACAAAUUUAAAUAGAAUAUAAAGAUAUAUAAUUUAUGACUUGAAAUGGCAGAGAUGUGACGAAGUAUUAUAUUGAUUCAUUAAUAUUAUUGUUACAGUUUUAGCAAAUAGCAGAAUUUAUUAAUCGAAAUUAAUGGUGGAAAAAAAUCCAUCAAAAAAGGCUAAAAAGAARUAAUUUUUGACUAAUAAAAUGGCAGAGAUAUGAGGAAUUAUUUUUUAUUAACUUUGAGUUUAAUGAACUUUUCAUGAGUAUUAUUGUUACAGUUUUAUCAUAUAGACCAUUCACCAAUUGGCAUGAUAACCACAGAACAAUAAAUUCAAGUUGCGGCUGGGGUGUGUAAAUCCAUAUGUUCACUGUACUUUCUUAUACUCCAGCCUCAAUAUCAAUCUAUUGCUUUGUGGCCAGUCAAGCAAUUUUGGGGAAAAUGUAUUGCAGAAUCUCUUUGUUAAUCAAAAUCAAUGAUAAAAACAUUAAAAAGAAUGCAAAAAUAGAUAAUUUGUGACUUGAAAAUGUUAUCAUGAUUCAUAAACAUAUGCAUACAAAGCAAAUGAAAAUCCUAUUGUGAUUAGUUGACUUCUGGUAAUAAACUAUUUUAAASUGCA